AUGCUCAGUGUUGGCUCUUACAAUAAUUUUACUUUUGGUGGUCGCCAAUUUAGUGGAGAUACAACUGCUGGGCACCCUUUCGUUUUUAUGUUAGAUUAUGAUUCCAAUCCGUCUGGAAAUGCAAAAAUACCUGCACAAUUUAAAGAUAUCACAAUUACUCGUUGUAGUGUUGAUAAUAUAAAGCCUACAAAAAGUGGAGAAAUUCUUUAUGUAGUAGGACAUGAUGGAGGAAAUAUUUAUCAACCAGUUUAUAACAAAAAUAUUACAUUUAAAAACAUUAAAGUAAUUAAUGCAGCACCCGCACAAAUAAAAUUACUCGACACUGGUAUUUUUAAUACAUUUGAUUUUACAAAUUUUGGCAGCAUUAACGACCCUUGGUCAAUUACUAAAUCUAAAGAUGUUCAAUUUAUUAAUGUACCCACAAUGAAGUUAAAUAAACUGAAUUUUGCUUGA